UGACGCGAUAUUCGUGUUUUAGGACAUUUAGUGCGGGAGCCGGCGUCAUUGAAUUGCUCGAAACUUCUGCGGUUCUACGAAAUUUCUCUGUUUUAUUGUUAAUUCCGACAAUAUGUCGCUGGAACAGCUGAAAAGCGAUGUGGCCGAGUUUGCGGCCUUUUUGGAGCAGGCCAAAAGCGCCCGCGUAAAAGGCGUGCUGACCACGGCAAAAGCGGAGGCGGAACGGCAGAUCGUCAACCUGGAGAUGAAGGCGCGCAUUGCGGCGGAGCGACAGGCGGCGGGAUCCAGCGAGGCCAAGAGAUAUCUGCACGAGCUGACCGACUACGGCUGGGACCAGAGCCCCAAGUUCGUGAAGCUCUUCAUCACGCUGAACGGCGUGCAGGGCUGUAAGGAGGAGGAUGUGACCGUCAAUUACACGACGAACUCACUCCAACUGCAUGUGCGCGAUCUGCAGGGCAAGGACUUUGGGCUGAGCGUGAACAACCUGCUGCAUGGGAUUGAUGUGGAGAAGAGCUAUCGGAAGAUCAAAACAGACAUGGUGGCCAUCUAUUUGAAGAAGGCCAAGGAGGGCGAGAAUUGGGACGUGCUAACCGCCAUCCAGAAACGGCUAAAGCAAAAGCAAGACACCGAAAUGAGCAAGGAUAGCGAUAAUCCGGAAUCGGCGCUGGUUAACAUCAUGAAGAAGAUGUACAACGAUGGUGACACGAAGACGAAGCAAAUGAUUGCCAAGGCCUGGACAGAGAGUCAGGAUAAGGUCAAGCUGGGAAAAGAGACGGGCGGCGGAUUGGAUUCUUUCGGCGAUCUUUAGAUAUUAUAACCCAUUACCCAUUACCCAUUAUCCAAUCAACUUUAUAUGUAUUGCUAAAUACUUAGGAUCUGCUUUGAUUCCAGAACGCUUUGUAUAUGUGGAUAAAUAAAAACCCUGCGAGGGUAUUAAGCUAAAA